AGUAUGGCGUCGAGUAGCGAGGUAACCUAUUCAAAGCGGCCACAUGUGAAAACAGAACGCAUGCAGGAAUUUAUUAGAGCACAGGAUGAAUCAAACAGUCCAACAAAGAAACUGAAAUGCCCUGAACUAAACUGCAACAAAGUGUUCACAAGUUCUCCUGGCCUCAAGUACCAUCUGCAUACACAUACUGUUAAACAACCACAGUUUUCCUGCAGAAAAUGUUAUAAAGUUUUCAAAAGUGCUAAUGGGUUGAAAUACCACAGGGAGAAGACUCGAUGUGAUGACUCUGAUAUAGAACAGACUUACGUAGCAGACACAUUGAAGGCUGACACGGAGGGCACAUACUAUGAUCAGGACCAGCCUUAUGGUGAACAUACAGUUUCUCCAUCAAGACAGAUACCAGAUGACCUUGACCUCGGGGCUAAUACAUUGACGUCAGGAGGGAUGGACAAACUGACAGAGCUGGCAAUCAUAGCUACAGGUCCACAGAGUCCAUUGUUACAGAAACCAAAACCACCCUGGGAUAUGAAACCUAGUGGCGAUGUUAAACGAUCACUAGAAAAGAUGUUAGAGAAUUGUGGUCAUCAUAUGUCAUCCCAAAACCAAGGCAGCUCAAAAUUAACUGAUCUCAACUCACCUGUCAAUCAACAUACAUCAUCCAGUGAAAGUGUACAUGAUGGGAGUGAUCCCCGUGUUUCUACCAGUUCUCCUCUGUGUGUCUCCCCAGAGGAUUCAGAUAGACUGGAAACAAGUAACUGGUCACAUACCUGGCCCACUGCAGUCUGGCAAUGUUUCAUUAAAGGAACAAAAAUCAAAUUUUUGUCUUCGGAGGAUUCCAAAUGGCAGCUUGCAGAAUUAAUUGCUCAAAAAGAGGAGCUGACACAACAGGCCUCAUUGAAAAUGACUACAUCAAAUUUUGCACCCAAUGGACUUCAUAUUGCUGAGAUUAUUGAACACAACAAUGAGACUGAUGAAUCAGAGAUUACGAUUCACUUCACCCCAGCAGUAUUAGGGCAACGUGACAUUUCGGCAGUAUGUCAGAGAGACCACCCUUUCUUUGUGAAAGAAAAAGGUUGGUCAUCUUGUAAUCCAUUUGAGACUGUGGUGCAUUAUGGGAUACCUUGCUGUGAUCUGUCUGUCGGUGACAUUUGCCUUCCACCUUCUCACCCUGAGGCAACAUUUUCGGAGGAAAUUUUCAGAAGUUUUGAAGAAUUUGACUUUACACCUGAAGAUACCUCAGCUGUAUUUGCUCUGAGCAGUAUGAAGCAAAACAAGAAGGAUACAGAUAUGAGUCCACCAGCAGGUUCUUGUGCUGGGAAUAGUAAUUUGAAGGAUCAAACUUUGGUGAAGGCCAAGAGACCGAUGAAUGCCUUUCUGUUGUUUGCUAAGGAAUUCAGGGUAGACUACACUCACAAGUUUCCAAAACGGGAUAACAGAGCGAUUAGUGUGAUGUUAGGCGAGCAGUGGCAAGCUCUCUCGUCGGACAGAAAGCGUGUGUACGAGGAGAAGGCACGAUGGUUGGCCGAGAAACAGAAGAAAAUACAUCCUGAUUGUUGGAAGAGAAAGAAACAGUCUUAGGGACAUGAAAAGGGAAGAGAGGGGAGGCAGUCUAGUGCUAUUUGUAAUCCAGAAUGCUUAUAUGCCUGUAAGGUAUUGGCUUGUUGAUCAUGUUAAAGCUUUUUGUUGUCAGAUAUUUGUUAUUUGAAAAUUGAUUUGAUCUCAUUUUACCAAUAUUUAUUGUAUAAUUUAUCCGUUUUGAUCACUUGUUUAUUUUUGCAGAUUUUAACUAGAUGGUAGAUAGAGUCUUUGAUUUAUUUUACUGAAAAAAAGCUGUUCACUUUGUAAAUUCUGGAGGGGUAAACAGUUUGUCUUGAUAAAACUUAACUGAAAUCAGAGUGUCAAACCUGGUUAAUGGAGCAGAAUACUUUUAGUCCAAUGGUUGUAGAUCAGAAUCAUUGAUUAGUUUUUAUUGAAUGAAGAUAAUACAUCUAAGGUCAAUGGUCAUCAACCUCUGAUUUAUGUAGGCAAGUUUUUCUUACAGAGAGUAAGUAAAUUCCAUACUUGUGAGCAAACUAGGAAUGUAGGUUCACUGACAGGUUAACUGACAACCCCAUUGACAGCCUCACUGACAGGUCCACCUACAACCUCACUGACAGGUUCACUAAUAACCUCACUGACAACCUCACUGACUGGUCCUCUUACAACCUCACUGACAACCCCACUGACAACCUCAAUGACAGGUUCACUGGCAGCCCCACCAACAGGUUCACUGAUAUGUCAGUCUCACUGGAAAAGAAGAUAAAAAGGUUGGGGAAGAUUUUCAUGGAGAACAGAGCACACCAAAUGCAGCCAGAGAGCCAUGCAUUGCAAAUAGGGCCAACAACAAAAAGAAACACAUCUGUAAAAUACAUGUAAGGUUAUUGGUCAUCAGUCGCUGAUUUAUGUCACUGACAGCAACACUUGUAGGUUCACUGACAGCCUCAAUGACAUGUUUGCUCACAUCCUCACUGACAGCCACACUAGUAGGUUCACUGACAAGUUCAUUGAAAGCCUGACUGACAGCCGCAAUGACGUGUUUGCUCACAUCCUCACUGACAGCCACACUAGUAGGUUCACUGACAAGUUCAUUGAAAGCCUGACUGACAGCCGCAAUGACAUGUUUGCUCACAUCCUCACUGACAGCCACAAUAGUAGGUUCACUGACAAGUUCAUUGAAAGCCUGACUGACAGCCGCAAUGACAUGUUUGCUCACAUCCUCACUGACAGCCACACUAGUAGGUUCACUGACAAGUUCAUUGAAAGCCUGACUGACAGCCGCAAUGACAUGUUUGCUCACAUCCUCACUGACAGCCAUAAUUAUAUGGUUGAAAUGUUGAACAAACAAACAUGUUCACUGAUACAAAAUGAAAGACAAGAAAUAGUUUGUAAUACAGUCAAACCUGUGUAUAAAGACCACUCUUGGGAGAACCAAAAUGUGGGUUUUAUUGGGAGGUGGUCUUUAUUCACAGGUUAAAAUACACUGUAAAUAUUAAAAUUGGAAACAAAACAUGUGGUCUUUAGAGCCAGGUGGUCUCUGUUCAGAGGUGGCCUUUAACACAGGUUGAACAUAAAUGAUAAAUUUAUUGAUUUAUUACAAGCAACAUUUAGUUAUAGUAAGGUAUUGUCAGAUGUAUUUUCUUUUAACCUCACUAAUUAUACCCCCACCAAACAUGUUUGGGAGGGGCUAUAUAGGAGUCAGUUUUGUCGCAUCCCUUCCUGUCGCGAAAUCUAUUAUCUCAGUUAUUACUAAAUAGAUUUGAUUCAAACUUAAAAUAGAUGUUUCACCUUAUCACCCGCAUCAUAUGACACAAGGUGCAUUACUCUUACACCAAUUUUUCAUGAAUUAUGCCCCCUUUUACUUUGAAUUUAAGGUUACUUUUGAUGCAUUUUUGCUAUAUCUCAGUUAUUACCAAGUGGACUUGAUUCAGACUUAAAAUAGAUGUUCCACCUUGUCACCCACAUCAUGUGACACAAGGUACAUAACUCUGACACCAAUUUUUAGCUCACCAGAGCCAAAGGCUCAGGGUGAGCUAUUAGGAUCACUCACUGUCUGGCGUCCGUCGUCUGUCGUCCGUAAACUUUUAAUUUAAACGACAUCUCCUCAUAAACCGCUAGGCCAAUUUCAUUCAAACUUCACAGAAAUGUUCCUUGGGUGAAGCUCUACAAAAAUUUUUCAAAGAAUUGGAUUCCAUGCAGAACUCUGGUUGCCAUGGCAACCGAAAGGAAAAAUCUUCUUCUCAAAAACCAGAGGCCCUAGAGCUUAGAUAUUUGGUAUGAAGCAUUGCCUAGUGGACCUCUUCCAAAUUUGUUCAAAUCAUGACCCGGGGUCAAAAUUGACCUUGUCCCAGGGGUCACUUGAUUUUACAUAGGACAAUCUUAAAAAAUCUUCUCAAAAAGCAGAAGCCCUAGAGCUUAGAUAUUUGACAUGUAGCAUUGCCUAAUGGACCUCUACUAAAAUUAUUCAAAUCAUGACCCGGGGGUCAAAAUUGGCCCCGCCCCAGGGGUCACUUGAUUUUGCAUAGAUUUCUUUAGGAAAAUCUUCAAAAAAUUUUAAAAAAUAAACCAGAAGAGCUAGAGCUAAGAUAUUUGACAUGUAGCAUUGCCUAGUGGACUUCUACAAAAUUUAUUCAAAUCAUGACCCCCGGGUCAAAAUUGACCCCCCAAGGGGUCACUUGAUUUUACAUAGGAAAAUCUUCAAAAAAUUUCUAAAAAUAAACCAGAAGGCAUAGAUCUUAGAUAUUUGACUUGUAGCAUUGCCUAGUGGACUUCUACAAAAUUUGUUCAAAUCAUGACCCCUGGGGUCAAAUUGACCCCACCCCAUGGGGUUACUUGAUUGUACAUAGAAAAAUCUUCAAAAUUUUCUAAAAAUAAACCGGAAGGCCUAGAGCUUAGAUCUUUGACAUGUAGCAUUGCCUAGUGGACCUCUACAAAAUUUAUUCAAAUCAUGACCCCCAGGGUCAAAUUGACCCCGCCCCAGGGGUCACUUGAUUUUACAUAGGACAGGCUGUCUAGCGUCCCUAAAAUUCCUACUUUUUCCUAUUUUUUUUCAAUUUGGCUAAAAUUCCUAUUUUUUUUUAAAAAAUCAAAGGAAAUUCCUAAAAAGGCCCUAUUGUUUCACAAAGAUUCCUAAUUUUUUAACUUUUUUGCAAUGAUCAAAAAGAGAAAAUGUUUUAAAUGUUGUUUAAAAGUUCUUCUAAUUCAGAAAAAAACAAUUUAGCACAGUUCAAAACAGUGCAAAGCUAGGAGACAUCUUUUCUGUAAAUAAAGCACUAUUUCUGAGUUACUUUUAUGUCAAUCACAUAAAGGUAAGCACAUUACAUGGUCUUUAAAGUCCAUAUUUUGAUUUGAAAAUUCCUAAAUUUAGCCCUAAAAUUUCCUUAAAAUUGUACCAAAUUCCUAAUUUUAGCCCUAUUUUUUUUUGUACAAAUUGCCCUAAAAUUAGCCCUAAUUUUUUGUCAGGGUAUGCUAGACAGCCUGAUAGGAAAAUUUUCAAAAAUUUUCUUAAAAUAAACCAGAAGGCCUAGAGCUUAGAUAUUUGACUUGUAGCAUUGCCUAGUGGACCUCUACAAAAUUUGUUCAAAUCAUGACCCCGGGGUCAAAUUGACCCCGCCCCAGGGGUCACUUGAUUUUACAUAGGAAAAUCUUCAAAAAUUUUCUAAAAAUAAACCAGAACGCCUAGAUCUUAUAUAUUUGACAUGUAAGCAUUGCCUAAUGGACCUCUACAAAAAAUUUUCAAAUCAUGACCCCUGGUGUCAAAAUUGGCCCCGCCCCAGGGGUCACUUGAUUUUACAUAGGAAAAUCUUCAAAAGGUUUUUAAAAAUAAACCAGAAGGCCUAGAGCUUAGAUAUUUGACAUGUAGCUUUGCCUAGUGGACCUCUACAAAAUUUGUUCAAAUCAUGACCCCCGGGUCAAAAUUGACCCCCCAGGGGUCACUUGAUUUUACGUAGGAAAAUCUUCAAAAAAUUUCUAAAAAUAAACCAGAAGGUCUAGAGCUUAGAUAUUUGACUUGUAGCAUUGCCUAGUGGACCUCUACAAAAUUUGUUCAAAUCAUUACCCCCGGGAUCAAAAUGACCCAGCCCCAGGGGUUACUUGAUUGUACAUAGGGAAGAUUUCAUAAAUUUGCUAAAAAUAAACUAGAAGGCCUAGAUCUUAGAUAUUUGAUAUGUAACAUUGCCCAGUAGACUUCUACAAACAUUGUUCAAAUCAUGACUCCCGGGGUAAAAUUGGCCCUGCCCCAGGGUUUACUUGAUUGUACAUUGGAAAAUCUUCCAAAAAAUUUCUAAAAAUCAUCAAUUUGACAUUUGAAAUAUGUAGCUCAUAUUUCUUUGGUGAGCGAUCAGGGUCAUGAUGAUCAGGGUCAUCAUGACCCUCUUGUUCAUGAAUUAUGCCCCAUUUUACUUAGAAUUUAAGGUUAAUUUUGAUGCAUUUUCACUAUAUCAUUCUGAUUGGGUCAGAGCCAAAGGGAAGUAACCUUUUUUUAUCUUUUGUACUGAGUUACUUCCUCUUAAAUUCCAAGAAUUAGUCUAUUUUUAGAAAUUCUAUUUUUAGAUUUUCAAUAUUUUAGGUAUUUUUCUAACUUUUUUGUUAUUAGUCCUAUGUAAAAAGUAAAUAUAUUUUUCUGUGUGUCGGUAAGAUACUUUUUUGUAUUCAUUUUUAGUGUAUCUCUAAUAUCAGAGAUUUUUAUAUUUACCUCAUCCCUCAUCCUGAGCACAUAAAAAAAAAAUUAUACUACAUGUAGUAUUACUUGUAUGUGCCGCGGAAGCCUAGGAUGAAGUACUCCAAAGACAAGUAAAAAAAAUUUUAAGUAUGAAGUUUUUUUUACUUUAUAUUAUUCGUUAUUAUGAGUAACUUUAAAAUUUCUUAUGGUUGCCAUUCUUCUGUGACAAGGCCAUAUUGUGGGGGUAUAAGUCACUCCUGUGACAGUUCUAGUUGAUUUUGUAUGUAUAUUGUAUUACCCAGGAUUUCAACAAAGUCAGCAUUGACAGAAAACGUUAGAUAUUUUUGUUGUUUAAAUAGAAAAUGUGAACCAGUAUGUAUUUUGUAAACUUUUUUAUAACUUGUCUGCAGCAUUUUGUUUGAUCUCAUUUUAGAAUUGUUGUGUCCUUUUUGUUUGCAAUUUUUCAAACUUUGUACUUUUUGUCAUUUUUAAAAAAAAAAAAAAAACUGUGCAGCUUUUAGUUAAUAACAUAUUGUAAAAAAAUAAUUUCAGUGAAUAUCUUACAAUGCUUAUAAAAAUAUUUCUGGAUUUAUAGGAAAUUUCGAAACACUCCAAAACUAUAGACAAGAGAAAUGUUAGGUAUUGCAACAUUGUUGUUCCUCAAGAACCACAUAAUUAUGUGAGUUUAAGCACAAAAACUUUUAUUAUGAAAGUUUCACUGCAGUUCACCAUUUUGUUUAUUCUUGUUUUGUUUUGUUUUAAAAACUAAAAAGGAAACUGAUGACUUAGUUUUUUUUCCAUCUCCAGAAAGUGUUCAAAACUGAUGUACAAGAUGUUUGAAGAACAGCUUUGAUAUGUUGCUUUCAACUUCUAUAGCGUUGUUACUGAUUCUUGUAGUAUAAUCAUGUAACUUUGUUCAGUAAGUCAGUCUGAAUUGAAUUUCUGUGCUUUUUAGAUUUUUGAAAAUCUUGUUAAAUUUUGAUGUACCAUUCCAUUAUAAAAUUGUCCUCCUAAAAAUUAAACAUAUUUUACUUGUUUAUUUUUGUACAGUUGCUACGUUCAUUGAAUACCCAUUGUCUGCAUAAAACUUACAUGCAAAUUUUGUAUUAAGGUUGCCUAUUUUAUGUUGAAACUUGAAUUGCAUAAUAUUAUCAUUUGUAUUAAAUAUUUGUACAAAAGUUGACAUGUUUGGAGGGACCAUAUUGUAGAACAGAGUUUAAUGAAACUUGAUUGCAAAGUUUUCCAGACUGAUAAACUUGGUGAAAUACAUAUUGUUUAUGAUCAACUAAGUGAACUAGUAAGUUUUCAAGAUAUCCUUAGUUAACUACAUAGUUUUUCUUAUGAACUAGAGAGUAUUUAUGAUGAACUAAACAGAGUAUCUAUGAUAACUAAGUGAACUACAAGGUAUUUACGAUGAAUUAAGUGAAUUACAGAUAUGAUGAACUGAGUAACUACAGAGGUUUAUUUAUGAUGAACUUAGUAACUGCAGAGUGUUUAUGGUGAACUAAAUGAAUUGCAGAGUUUUAAUGAUGAUUUAAGUGCACUACAGAUUGAUUAUGAUAAGCUUAGUGAAUAAGAGAGUUUUUAGCUCAUCUGAUUUUUUGAAAAAAAAUGAUGAGUUAUUGUCAUCACUUGAGCGGUUGUCGGCGUCGGCGUCGGCGUCUGCGUCGGCGUUGCCUGGUUAAGUUUUAUGUUUAGGUCAGCUUUUCUCCUAAACUAUCAAAGCUAUUGCUUUGAAACUUGGAAUACUUGUUCACCAUCAUAAGCUGACCCUGUAUAGCAAGAAACAUAACUCCAUCUUGCUUUUUGCAAGAUUUAUGGCCCCUUUUGUACUUAGAAAAUAUCAGAUUUCUUGGUUAAGUUUUAUGUUUAGGUCAACUUUUCUCCUAAACUAUCAAAGCUAUUGCUUUGAAACUUGGAAUACUUGUUCACCAUCAUAAGCGGACCCUGUACAUCAAGAAACAUAACUCCAUCUUGCUUUUUGCAAGAUUUAUUGCCCCUUUUGGACUUAGAAAAUCAGUUUUCUUGGUUAAGUUUUAUGUUUAGGUCAGCUUUUAUCCUAAACUAUCAAAGCUAUUGCUUUAAAACUUGCAACACUUGUUCACCAUCAUAAGUUGACCCUGUAUAGCAAGAAACAUAACUCCGUCCUGCUUUUUGCAAGAUUUAUGGCCCCUUUUGGACUUAGAAAAUAUCCGAUUUCUUGGUUAAGUUUUAUGUUUAGGUCAACUUUUUCUCUUAAACUAUCAAAGCUAUUGCUUUGAAACUUGCAACUCUUGUUCACCAUCAUAAGCUGACCCUGUACAGCAAGCAACAUAACUCCAUCCUGCUUUUUGCAAUAAUUAUUGCCCCUUUUGGACUUAGAAAAUCAUUUUCUUGGUUGAGUAUUAUGUUUAAGUCAACUUUUCUCAUAAACUAUCAAAGCUAUUGCUUUAAAACUUGCAACAGUUUUUCACCAUCAUAAGUGGACACUGUACAUCAAGAAACAUAACUCUAUCUUGCUUUUUGCAAGAAUGAUGGCCCUUUUUAGACUUAGAAAAUCAUGGGUAGGACAAUAUUUCUAUUACACAAAAAAAAUCAGAUGAGCGUCAGCACCCGCAAGGCGGUGCUCUUGUUUUAUGAUGAACUAAUUGAACUUCAGAGUGUUUAUGAUGAACUUAAGAUAUUGAAAGAGGUCUGACUCUGCCCUGCAUCUUGUUAUUUAGUCUGUAGUAUCCACAUUUUUGAAGCAGUCUUAAUCAAACUUGAACACAAUGUAAACGUUCAUCGAUUGUUAGUCAAGUUUGAUAACCAAUCAAAUCUGAUAAUUAGGUCAGAAGUUAUGGCCCUUUAUUUAUUAAUCACAUGCUAUGUCUGACCAUGUUUACACUUUUAUUUCUUCAUACUAAAUUAUGUUUAAAUGGAAUGUUACUCUAAAAUCUAGAAUUCCAUUGUAUUUUGUAAGUGGGUCACUUUCGUAAAAAAAACAGGUCACUAGGUCAAAUUAUUGAAAAUCUUAGUAAAUGGUUUACCUGAUGUACAUAAAACAUGGUUACAAUGAUUGUCUCUAUGAGAUUAGAUACUAGGAACUAGGCCAGGUGUGCAAUACAGGACCUCCAGGGCAUUCUUAUUAGUGCAUCUCUGCUCUGUAUGAAACAGUUCAUCAUAAAACUUAUAACACAGAAUGAAUAAAAUGAUGAAUAACCAUGUAUAUAGUGUGUUAGAUUAUAAUAGAAUUUAGCAAACUUUUACUAUGGACUCUAAAAAUAUCAGUUCAGUAAUAUUCAUUUUUUUACUGUAUAUGUUCUACUUGUUCAUCUUACAGCAAUCUUGAAAAUACCAUGAGAGUAGGAUAAAACCAAGUCAGUUUGACUUUAAAGCUAGGAGUAUGAUUUCAAUGUUAUUUAUAGAUAUUUUGUUUGUUUUGUUGCUGCUUUUAUGUGGAUGUCGAAAUAUAAUGUAUUGAUAGACUAAAUGGUAAAUUGUGUAUCGUCAUAGAUGCACUUUAAAAAGUACAACCAUUCAAAAUGGUGUUUUUAACUUGAGAAAUGUCUUUUAAAAUUGGUUUACUUUGUAAUAUUUUCACAUGUUUUUAAGAAAUAUUUAAAGCAAUAUUUCUGUAAAAGGAGAAGAAUUUAUAAGUUUGUCCAACAUUUUAUUUUUCUAAAUGAGCAUAUCAAGUAGUUGCCUGGUAAACCCAAUAUAGUCUGGGCCCACUUAAAAGGGAAUAUGCAACACUUGGUAAACCAUUAAAACUGUUGAAAACUUAAACUGUUAAACAUAUAAUUAAAUUUCAAGAGAAGUCCAGCAAACAAUCAUUUAACAGUUUUAAGUCUGAACAAUGACUUUCAGACUUAAAAUGACGAAAAGUAUGGGCCGGAUGGUUUUCAGUUUGAUUUUGACAAGUCUAUUUGCAAAAGAUAACAAGGCUAAGUUUGGACCAGUCUCAAAAAAGCUUUUGAUUUGUUUUUAAUGCUUCUUGUUUGUCUCUAAAUUUGGUACUGUAAAUUGUGGUCAUGAGCCUGAGUUUCUUUAUGUAUAAAAGAAAUAUAUAAUUGACUAUAAUACAAAUAAUUGAAUCUAGACAUAAUUUUAAUGUAACGAAUGGUGUGUAUUUGAGGAAGGUACAGUGAAACCUGCUUUAAGAGACCACUUAAGGGAGCGCAAAAAACUGGUCUCAUAAGACAGGUGGUUUUUUAAUCAGGUUCAAUCUAUGUGAAAUGCUCUAUAGAAGGACCUAAAAUUAAUGGUCUUAUAACACAGGUUUUUGCUUAAUACAGGUGGUCUCGCAGGAGUCUAUUUUAUUUGUUUAUGUUCCAACAUUUAUGUAAUGGAUGGAUAUGAGUGAACCAGUAAUAUAGUUUAUCUUAAUUGUUUAUGAGUGUCCAAGCAUUUGUUUUUGUAAAUGGUGGAUAUGUGUUUACCACAAAUACAGUUUAUUUUGCUUGUUUAUGAGUGUUCCAGCAGUUAAAAGUUUAUGUAAAUUGGUGGAUUUGUGUUUUCCACAAAUACAGUUUAUUUUGCUUGUUUAUGAGUGUUCUAGCAGUAAACGUUUAUGUAAAUGGUGGAUACAUGUUUACCACAAAUACAGUUUAUUUUGCUUGUUUAUGAGUGUUCUAGCAGUAAAUGUUUAUGUAAAUUUGUGGAUUUGUGUUUUCCACAAAUACAGUUUAUUUUGCUUGUUUAUGAGUGUUCUAGCAGUAAACGUUUAUGUAAAUGGUGGAUACAUGUUUACCACAAAUACAGUUUAUUUUGCUUGUUUAUGAGUGUUCUAGCAGUAAACGUUUAUGUAAAUGGUGGAUACAUGUUUACCACAAAUACAGUUUAUUAUGUCUCCCCCAGGAGACAUAUUGUUUUUGCCCUGUCCGUCCGUCCGUCCUUCCGUCCGUCCGUCCGUACGUCACACUUCAUUUCCGGGCAAUAACUGGAGAACCAUUUGACCUAGAACCUUCAAACUUUAUGGGGUUGUAGGGCUGCUGGAGUAGACGACCCCUAUUGUUUUUGGGGUCACUCUGUCAAAGGUCAAGGUCACAGAGGCCUGAACAUUGAAAACCAUUUCCGAUCAAUAACUAGAGAACCACUUGACCCAGAAUGUUGAAACUUCAUAGGAUGAUUGGUCAUGAAAAGUAGAUGACCCCUAUUGAUUUUGGGGUCACUCCGUCAAAGGUCAAGGUCACAGGGGCCUGAACAUUGAAAACCAUUUCCGAUCAAUAACUAGAGAACCACUUGACCCAGAAUGUUGAAACUUCAUAGGAUGAUUGGUCAUGAAGAGUAGAUGAUCCCUAUUGAUUUUGGGGUCACUCUGUCAAAGGUCAAGGUCACAGGGGCCUGAACAUUGAAAACCAUUUCCGAUCAAUAACUGGAGAAUCACUUCACCCAGAAUGUUGAAACUUCAUAGGAUGAUUGGUCAUGAAGAGUAGAUGACCCUUAUUGAUUUUGGGGUCACUCCAUCAAAGGUCAAGGUCACAGGGGCCUGAACAUGGAAAACCAUUUCCGAUCAAUAACUGGAGAACCACUUGACCCAGAAUGUUGAAACUUCUUAGGAUGAUUGUACAUGCAAAGUAGAUGACCCCUAUCGAUUUUGGGGUCACUCCAUUAAAGGUCAAGGUCACAGGGGCCUGAACAUUGAAAACCAUUUCCGGUCAGUAACUUGAGAACCACUUGACCCAGAAUGUUGAAACUUAAUAGGAUGAUUGGUCAUGCAGAGUAGAUGACCCCUAACGAUUUUGGGGUCACUCUGUGAAAGGUCAAGGCCACAGGGGCCUGAACAUUGAAAACCAUUUCCGGUCAGUAACUUGAGAACCACUUGACCCAGAAUGAUGAAACUUCAUAGGAUGAUUGGUCAUGCAGAGUAGAUGACCCCUAACGAUUUUGGGGUCACUAUUAAAGGUCAAGGCCACAGGGGCCUGAACAUGGAAAACUAUUUCCAAUCAAUAACUUGAGAACCUCUCAACCCAGAAUGUUGAAACUUCAUAGGAUGAUUGUUCAUACAGAGUAAAUGACCCCUAUUGUUUUUGGGAUCACUCCGUUAAAGGUCAAGGUCACAGGGGCCUGAACAUUGAUAACCAGUUCCGAUCAAUAACUUGAGAACCACUUGACCCAGAAUGUUGAAACUUCAUAGGAUGAUUGAACAUGCAGAGUAGAUGACCCCUAUUGAUUUUGGAGUCAGUCAAUUAAAGGUCAAGGUCACAGUGGCCUGUUCAUGUAAAAUCAUUUUUUGGAAAUAACUUGAGAACCACUUGACCUACAAUGUUGAAACUUAAUAGGAUGAUUGGACAUUCAGAGUACAGUUAAACACCGCUCGCUCGAGGUCGCAAGGGGAUGAGCAAAAUGCUCGAGUUAUCCAUGGUUUCGAGCGACCCAAACAUUGACCAACAUACGAAGAAAAUCGAAGUUUGUUUUACCAAUUGUCAUCGAGACCAUUUGCAGAGGAAACGGUGAUGCGCAAUAAUAACACACUCGUGACAUUUUCAAAAAACGUAUUACAAACGUUAUUUAUGAUAGAUCGUAUAAAUGGCACAUGUGAAGAAACAGCUAAGACAUUCCAUUUUUUUAUUGAAAUACUGUAAUCGAAUUCGCAAUUUUCUUCUCCAAAUUAAGAUUUCAUAAUUAUCGUCUCAAUUUUUUAUGAAAAGGCUAUCUUAUUUCCUUUAUUUGCAUGCAAACAACUGUUAAUUAAAAUAUUAAAAUCUCAUAAUUAUUUUCUCGAUCCCGCAGAAAAAAAAGUAAUAAAAAAAAAUAUUAAUUAAUAACAAUUUUGAUCAAUAAAAUUUUCUUUCACCUUUCAUCAAUAAUUAAUCUCAUUAUUAGAUCAAAUAUACCGACAAACAAACAUUUAAGAUAGUCGGGGAAUAGACCAUGCAAUUCUCACGACGUGCGAAAAUUUUAAAUUAACCGAUGCAUUUUGAUCGCCGAAGGUGUGAAAAAUUUUGACACCUCUUGCUCGAGUUUGCCAUAAGCAACAAAGAGUAAAUUAAUACACAGGGACCAGGUGUCAUGCUCGAGCGAUCGAGUUAUCGAUGCUCGACCCAGCCAUGGUAAUUUCACAUAGAAAAUAGAAGGAAAUUGGCCGGGACCACAUGAAUUGCUCGAGCGAGCCCGGGUGCUCGAGUCAUCGAUGCUCGAGCGAGCGGUGUUUCACUGUAGAUAACCCCUAUUUAUUUUGAGGUCACUUGAUCAAAGGUCAAUGUCACAGGAGCCUGAACAGUGACUUGAGAACCACUAGGCCCAGAGUGUUGAAAUUUAGCGGGAUGACUGGACAUGCCAAGUAGAUGAUCCCUAUUGCAGCCAACCAUCAGUGUCUCUUUGACUUUCGCUCCUGACCCCUAUUGACUUCUUGCCUAUAGGACUUUGCAUUUGGGGAGACAUGCGCUUUUUUACAAAAGCAUUUUCUAGUUUUGCUUGUUUAUGAGUGUUCUAGCAGUAAACGUUUAUGUAAAUUUGUGGAUUUGUGUUUUCCACAAAUACAGUUUAUUUUGCUUGUUUAUGAGUGUUCUAGCAGUAAACGUUUAUGUAAAUUUGUGGAUUUGUGUUUUCCACAAAUACAGUUUAUUUUGCUUGUUUAUGAGUGUUCUAGCAGUAAACGUUUAUGUAAAUUUGUGGAUUUGUGUUUUCCACAAAUACAGUUUAUUCUGCUGGUUUAUGAGUGUUCUAGCGGUAAAUGUUUAUGUAGUUCUGAAAACUGAAAAGAGUUUAAGAUCAAUAAUGUAUGAGCCUUUUUUUAGGGUGAUUGCCAUCUUCAUUAGAUUACCUCUUGUUUUCUGAGACAAGUUGGGGUCAAAUUGACUGAGAAUGGUUUCUGGUCAAUAAUAAGAGAAUGCAUGGGCCUACAGGGGUCAAAUCUUAUAGGAUGAUUACAUGUUGUCAUUUGAUGACCCUUAUUGUUCAUUGAAGUUCAUUGUUUUUUCUUCAUUUAUGAGGUCUGAAGCUACAGACUUUGAGACUGAAAAUUGCAUGUCUAGUUUCUGCCAGCAGGCCAUCAAUUGUUGGGGAUGGAGCAUAUUUGUUUUGCCAACAGCUUUUGUUUUACUUGUUUCUGAGUGUUCCAGUAUAAUGCAGUAUUUCAGUGUACACAUACUGGUGGUACUGCUCAUAAGAGUGUUCCAGUGCAGCUGCAUUAUUCUAGUUUCCAAUUACUGGUGCUGUUCAUUCUAGUGUAACUGCUAUAUCUGAGUGUACAUGUACCAGUGGUACUGUUCAUCCAAGUGUUCCAGAGUAACUGCAAUAUCUGAGUGUACAUGUGCCAGUGGUACUGUUCAUCCAAGUGUUCCAGAGUAACUGCAAUAUCUGAGUGUACAUGUGCCAGUGGUACUGUUCAUCCAGGUGUUCCAGAGUAACUGCUAUAUCUGAGUGUACAUGUGCCAGUGGUACUGUUCAUCCAGGUGUUCCAGAGUAACUGCUAUAUCUGAGUGUACAUGUACCAGUGGUACUGUUCAUCCAGGUGUUCCAGAGUAACUGCUAUAUCUGAGUGUACAUGUACCAGUGGUACUGUUCAUCCAAGUGUUCCAGAGUAACUGCAAUAUCUGAGUGUACAUGUACCAGUGGUACUGUUCAUCCAAGUGUUCCAGAGUAACUGCAAUAUCUGAGUGUACAUGUGCCAGUGGUACUGUUCAUCCAAGUGUUCCAGAGUAACUGCAAUAUCUGAGUGUACAUGUGCCAGUGGUACUGUUCAUCCAGGUGUUCCAGAGUAACUGCUAUAUCUGAGUGUACAUGUGCCAGUGGUACUGUUCAUCCAAGUGUUCCAGAGUAACUGCAAUAUCUGAGUGUACUGUUCAUCCAGGUGUUCCAGAGUAACUGCUAUAUCUGAGUGUACAUGUACCAGUGGUACUGUUCAUCCAAGUGUUCCAGAGUAACUGCAAUAUCUGAGUGUACAUGUACCAGUGGUACUGUUCAUCCAGGUGUUCCAGUGUAACUGCAAUAUCUUGAGUGUACAUGUACCAGUGGUACUGUUCAUCCAGGUGUUCCAGAGUAACUGCAAUAUCUGAGUGUACAUGUACCAGUGGUACUGUUCAUCCAGGUGUUCCAGAGUAACUGCAAUAUCUGAGUGUACAUGUACCAGUGGUACUGUUCAUCCAGGUGUUCCAGAGUAACUGCAAUAUCUGAGUGUACAUGUGCCAGUGGUACUGUUCAUCCACGUGUUCCAGAGUAACUGCAAUAUCUGAGUGUACAUGUACCAGUGGUACUGUUCAUCCAGGUGUCCCAGUGUAACUGCAAUAUCUGAGUGUACAUGUACCAGUGGUACUGUUCAUCCAAGUGUUCCAGAGUAACUGCAAUAUCUGAGUGUACAUGUACCAGUGGUACUGUUCAUCCAAGUGUUCCAGAGUAACUGCAAUAUCUGAGUGUACAUGUACCAGUGGUACUGUUCAUCCAGGUGUUCCAGAGUAACUGCAAUAUCUGAGCCACAUGUACCAGUGGUACUGUUCAUCCAAGUGUUCCAGAGUAACUGCUAUACCUGAGUGUACAUGUACUCGUUACUGUAUUUGAGUGUUCUAGUGUGAUUGUUUAUUAUUACACAACCAGGGAGAGAGCUCAUCUUACUUGUUUUUGCAAAGUGUGUUAUAUUACAGGUGCAAUGAGCAAAGCCAGUGUAUAUGUCUGUCUAUAGUUACACAUUAAUUUAUUGAUUUUUAGCUCAACUAUUCAAAGAAUAGGUAGAGCUAUUGGACUCACCCAUGCGUCUGCGUCCGCGUCCCGAUUUGGUUAAGUUUUUGUAUGUAAGCUGGUAUCUCAGUAACCACUUGUGGGAAUGGAUUGAAACUUCACAUACUUAUUCACAGUGAUAAACUGACUUACAUUGCACAGGUUCCAUAACUCUAUUUUGCUUUUUUACAAAAUUAUGGUCCUUUUUCGACUUAGAAUUUUUAUGCCCCCGAAGGGAGGCAUAUAGUUUUUGAACCGUCUGUCUGUCUGUCGGUCUGUCAGUCUGUCGGUCUGUCCGCAAUUUUCGUGUCUGGUCCAUAUCUUUGUCAUUGAUGGAUGGAUUUUCAAAUAACUUGGCAUGAAUGUGUACCACAGUAAGACGACGUGCAGUGCACAAGACCCAGGUCCGUAGCUUAAAGGUCAAGGUCACACUUAGAAGUUAAAGGAUAGUGCAUUGAUGAGCGUGUCCGGUCCAUAUCUUUGUCAUCGAUGGAUGGAUUUUCAAAUAACUUGGCAUGAAUGUGUACCACAGUAAGACGACGUGCAGUGCGCAAGACCCAGGUCCGUAGCUCAAAGGUCAAGGUCACACUUAGACUUUAAAGGAUAGUGCAUUGAUGGGCGUGUCCGGUCCAUAUCUUUGUCAUCGAUGGAUGGAUUUUCAAAUAACUUGGCAUAAAUAUGUACCACAGUAAGACGACGUGUCAUGCGCAAGACCCAGGUUCGUAGCUCAAAGGUCAAGGUCACACUUGGUGUUAAAGGAUAGUGCAUUGAUGGGCGUGUCCGGUCCAUAUCUUUGUCAUUGAUGGAUGGAUUUUCAAUUAACUUGGCAUGAAUGUGUACCACAGUAAAACGAUGUGUCACACGCAAGACCCAGGUCCGUAGCUCAAAGGUCAAGGUCACACUUAGACGUUAAAGAUCAUUUUUCAUGAUAGUGCAUUGAUGGGCAUGUCCGGUCCAUAUCUUUGUCAAUCAUGCAUGGAUUUUAAAAUAACUAUGCAUGAAUGUGUGACACAGUAAGACAAUGUGUCGCGCGCAAGACCCAGCUCCGUAGGUCAAAGGUCCUAAACUCUUAACAUCGGCCAUAACUAUUCAUUCAAAGUGCCAUCGGGGGCAUGUGUCAUCCUACGGAGACAGCUCUUGUUUGGUUAAGGUUUAUAUGUAAGCUGGUAUCUCAGUAACCACUAAUGGGAAUGGAUUGAGACUUCACACACUUGUUCACUGUGAUGAUCUGAUAUGCAUUGCACAGGUUCCAUAAGUCUACUUUGCAUAUUUACAAAAUUAUGCCCCUUUUUCGACUUAGCAGUUUUUGGUUAAGUUUUUGUAUGUAACUGGUAUCUAAGUACAUACUAUUGGGAAAACCACUUGUGGGAAUGGAUUGAAACUUCACAUACUUGUUCACUGGGAUGAUCUGACAUGCAUUGCACAGGUUUCUUAACUCUAUUUUACUGUUUUUUUACAAAAUUAUGCCCCUUUUUCGACUUAGCAGUUUUUGGUUAAGUUUUUGUAUGUAAGCUGGUAUCUCAGUACAUACUGUUGGGAAAACAACUUGUGGGAAUGGAUUAAAACUUCACAUACUUGUUCACUGGGAUGAUCUGACAUGCAUUGCACAGGUUUCUUAACUCUAUUUUGCUUUUUUUACAAAAUUAUGCCCCUUUUUUGACUUAGAAAAUUUUGGUUAAGGUUUUGUAACAUAACUCUCAGCACCAGCUUAUGGGAAUGAAUUGAAAUUUCAUACAGUUGUCUGUCAUGAGCUGAUAUGCAUUGUAAAGGUUUCUUAACCCUAUCUUGCAGUUUUACAAAAUUAUGCCCCGUUUUGGACUUUUAAUAUUCAUUCAAUUGACAAGGCUGUUGAAUAGUCGAGCGUUGCUGUCCUCUGACAGCUCUUGUUUCUUUAACACUUACCAGUUACAGAAAUUGUCUGUUUUGACACCCUUGUAAUUGUUUAACCUUUAGCCUGCUGGUGGCAAGAGAUUCAGCCUCUGUGAUAUCAUGCAGUCUGAUCAUGGUCUGCACUGUUCACUAUUCAGUCAGUAAAUUUUCACUUACCAUUCCUUCGAAUGAUAAGUGGUACCGAAGGAAUGAUAAAUGGUACUGCCCAAAUUGAAUGAUGGAACAGACCGUUUUAGAAAUUUAGCAGGGUAAAAGUUAGUUCUGAAGUAUUUCAGUGUAUAUGUACCAGUGGUGCAGUUCAUAAGGGUGAUUUAGUAUGACUGCAGUAUUUGAGUAAUCAUUUACCUUUGUCAUUUUUUGCAUCCCUGCAAUUGUUUUAACUUUAUAUCAACAUGGUAGUAGUUAUAUUGUGUUGUUAUAAGAUGUUGUGUUUACCUCAAGUUCCUGAGCCUAGUUGCUCAUGAUUUGGUACAUAGUAGGAGUUGGUCUUUCUUUAAUGCAGCUUUGAAAAUUUUUAAUGUGAGAAAAUUAGAAAUUAAUUCUCUGCAUGUGUAAAAUACGUUGUGCCUUUGGACUUAAAUAUAUCAUGUUUACAUAAUCUUUGUCAUAAUGGAAAUGUUCAUAUAAGUGUUGUCAUGUUAAAAAGACUAUGCAACAUUGCAUGGGAAUCCGUAUUUGAAAGUUAUUAACUUUGUUAUGUUCAGCUGAAUUGUUAGAAAGAACAGUAAGAGUCUAUGUUGCUUUCAGGUUGCAUUAUGACACAGUUCUAGACUGCACUAUAAUUUUCUCAAGUACUGCCCAUAUUUUCAUCAAACUAGCCUUAAUAGGGUGGGGGGCAGACACGUUUUGUUUUAAGGUCAGCUUGGUACCACAAAGGUCAAGAUGACUUGGAUCAGAUAGUGUUGGUAAGUAUUUGAUGACAACAUUACCUAUUUGACAGUUUCUUCUUACUGACUAUCAGUACUGUUAUCAACUUCAUAUCAAGGGCAGUUUUGGCUUUUGGAACAAAGGUAAAGGUCACUAGAGAAACUUCUAUAUUCAUUAAAUUUUUGUUGUCAUUCUUUUUAUCACAUGCUUAUGUUAAUCCGUAUUGUUUCUGGGCAUCCCUUUACACCCCAUUCCCCCCACACGCAUCCUUGAAGCAAAAGUGAGAAAAAAAAAUCUUGACAUAUUUCAUUUUGAUUGAACAGUGUUUUGUGAUUGUCCAUAUUUUUUGUGCCCCCUUUGAAAGAAGAGUGGGAAUAUUGUUUUGCUUAUUACUUAUUCCUCCUUGGUAGGUAUACCAUUUUGUUUCUUAUCAAUAACUAGAGAGUAUCUGGUUCGGCAAUAAUCAUUUAAUGAUUACCUGUGCUCAGUAGAUGACCGAUAUUAUUUUUGGGGUCAGUGAGUCAAAGGUUAAGAUCACAGUGACCUUGAGACUGCUCAUUGACUAAUGUAUUUUUAGCCUACAGUUGGCAAACUUCAUAGGAUGAUUGCCUGUAAUGCUUAGGUGACCCCUAUUUUUGAGGGUUUAUAGGUCGGAUGUCAAGGUCACAGUGGCAUCAAGUUUGAAAAUGGUUUCCACUCAGUAGCUAAUGGAAGUUUUAGCCUACAGUUGUCAGGCUUUAUAGGAUAACUGUCUAAUGACCCCUUGUCUUUUUUGCAAUUAGGAGGUCAAAGUUCAAGGUCACAGUGAUCUUGAGACUGAAAACAGUUUUUGCUGAAUAACUUAUUCUUAUUGGCCUUAAGUCGUCAAACUUCUUAGGGUAAUUGUGUUUGGUAGAUGACGUUGUUGUAUUACAAGUGAUUAGGACAAAGGUUAAGGUCUUAGUGAUCUCAGAACUGAAAGGCCAUUACUGGGGGCAUACAUACAUGUUUUAAAAACAGCUCUUUAUUUCUUAAAACCAAUUCUUUCCACUCAGAGGGGCCGCCAGUGUUGAGUGGCCAAGAUUGCUUACUUUGAAUUACUUGCUCCUCACCUUUGUGGGUUUGAGCCUUUUCAUGUUAGGAAGCCAUCCAGCUGCCUUAAGGAAGGUUAGUGGUUCUAUUCAGGUGCCUGCCUGUUAUGAAAUAAUGUGCUGAGGGGCACCUUGGGCCUUUCUCCAUAUGACCUAUGAUUGUGUCGGUGUGACGUUAAAUCAACGAAAAAUGUCCUCCCCGAACCCUGUCCUGAUACACACAGGUCAAGGUCACAGUAAUUUUGGGACCGGAACUAUUUUCUGCUUAAUAACUAAAAAGGCUUUGGCCUACAAUGUUCAAACAGUAUAGGAUGAUUGCUUUUGUCCAGUAGAUGACCAGUAUUGUGUUUUGGGUUAGUAGGUCAAAAUUCAAGGUCACAGUGACUUCAGAAAUGGUUUCAGCUCAAUUAGUAAAGAACUUGUUUGCAUACUGCUUCCAGAGUUGAUAGGAGGAUUGCAUAGUAGAUAGUCAGUAGAUGAACGCUAUUUUUUAUGGGUCAGCAGGUCAGGAAAAUAUUUACCUUUUUUAUUGAAUGAAAACAGUUUUCGCUAAAUAACUAAUGAAUGCUUGUGCUUACUGCUUUCUUGUGCUUUCUGCUCUUUAACUCCAUAAAAUUAUUGCCAGUUUGAGAUAUAAAACUGUUUUUUAUCAAUAAAUAGAGAAUGCUUGGACCAAUGACAUUCAAAAUUUAUAUGCCUGUAGUCAGCCCUUGUUGUUUUCAAGGUUUGCAGUUCUAAGGUCAAGGCCUGCCAUACUUGACCAGCCGUCAUUGGCAAUAUAUGUGUUUUUCAAACAGCUCUUGAUUUUUUGUAGGUGUAUUUUCAUCAUUUACCUUUAUACUAAGUCUGCAGUGUGCACACCUUUUGUCCUCAAUCAUACCUUUACAACUACAGCAUUUAUCAACUUAGUGGUGUGGUAAGAAUUUGUGCAAAACUUGGAUAUGUAAUCCAUAUUGAGUGUAAUAAUUUUAGUUAAUUUAAAACCAGACACCAUUUCGUCAUUGUAAUUUUUCCUUCUCUUUUGGCAAACAUUUUUGAGUAGUUGAAUAAACUGGCCUUUUGACAGUUAGUUUUUUUUGGGGUAUGUUUUGGUCCUUACUGAAUACAUGUGAAGUACAUCCAUGAAGCUAUAUUGUAUUUUAAAUAUCAUAAAAAUGAGCAAAACUGAAUUAUGGAAAAUUCUGAUCUUUUUUUACCUGACAACUCACAGAUAUUAAAUAACUCAUUCAUUGAAUUAUAUAGUGAUUACAUCACAGCAUUGUAAGAUCUCAGAAGUUAAAACAGGCAGCAAUAUUUGUGUGUUCUUCCACAGGCAGCAUUGCCACAUUUGUGUUCAAUGUCAUAUAUGUUACGUCAUACUGGAUUAUGUACUCGUAUGAAACUUCAUUGGGUAAUUCAGACUAAUAAUGAUACAUCUUAUAGAAGCUUGAGGUGUAAUGAUUUUUUUGUAAAAAAUGUAGAAGUCCUGUUUGAUAUAUAUCACCCUAAUAAUGAAAUAAGUCCAAAGAAAUUUCCUGCGAGUACUUACAGUAGUUAUGUUGAAUAUAUCACCAAAUAUGAUAAAUGGUAUGGCUAUCUACAAGAGAUUGAAUAUUUAGAUUAAAAUACAACAUUAAAUGGGAUUUUUUUUUGUUUGAAACUGCUUUGGCAAAAUUAAAUGGACAUAAGACAAAAAUCAAAACCUAAGAUUUUUUUUUCCAGUCAGAUUUUUAGAGAAAUAAAUAAGGAAGAACUAGCUGGCAUAUGCAUUUGUCAUAUUUUGUGUAUAAAUAUGUUAUGUGAUUGGUGCAUUUUAAUUUUAUUUAUGAUAAUUUUUGUACAAGCAGUUUUAAAGAAGCUUUUUGAUAUUGAUAUUAUUAAUAUGUGAGACUUUAGCGGUAAUGCUUUCUGUUGUAACAAGAAUAUUUUACGACAUUAAAAAAUGGAUUUAUUGA